UCCCCUCUUCCCCUCAGACGGCCCUUCCUUCCUUCCCUUCCCCCGUCCCCCAUCCCGUCGUCGUCGUCUUCUCCACAAGAUGGCCGCCGGGCCCGUCCCCUGCCGUCACGUGACCCGCCCUCGGCUUCUCCUUGGCGACCGCUAGGCCCCAGCGGAACCUCGCCAUCGCUCCGAGGCCCGGGACGGACAGAAAGGACGACGAGAAAGAGGGCGGGAGGAAGAAGGACGCCGCUUUUAAGGAGUGCUAACCUCGAGCCCCACGGUACUCUUCAGGGAUGAGUCAUGUGGCGGUGGAAAAUGCGCUCGGGCUGGAUCAGCAGUUUGCUGGCCUAGACCUGAAUUCGUCAGAUAACCAGAGUGGAGGAAGUACAGCAAGCAAAGGCCGUUACAUUCCUCCUCAUUUAAGGAACAGAGAAGCAUCGAAAGGAUUCUAUGACAAAGAUUGUUCGGGAUGGAAUUCUGGUAAAGAUAAGGAUGCUUACAGCAGCUUCGGCUCCCGUAACGAUGCAAGAGGGAAGUCUAGUUUCUUCAGCGAUCGUGGGAGUGGGUCAAGAGGAAGAUUCGAUGAUCGUGGAAGAAGCGAUUAUGAUGGAAUGGGCAGUCGUGACAGGGGUGGCUUUGGGAAAUUUGAGCGUGGUGGAAACAGUCGUUGGUCUGAUAAGUCAGAUGAAGAUGAUUGGUCUAAACCUCUUCCACCAAGUGACCGCUUGGAACAGGAACUCUUUUCUGGAGGAAACACUGGCAUUAACUUUGAGAAGUAUGAUGACAUUCCUGUCGAAGCAACUGGCAGCAACUGUCCUCCCCAUAUUGAAAGUUUCAGUGAUGUUGAGAUGGGAGAAAUUAUUAUGGGGAAUAUUGAGCUCACUCGUUACACCCGUCCUACUCCAGUGCAGAAACAUGCUAUUCCUAUCAUCAAAGAGAAGAGAGAUUUGAUGGCGUGUGCCCAAACAGGUUCUGGGAAGACGGCUGCAUUUCUUCUACCCAUUUUGAGUCAGAUCUAUUCAGAUGGUCCAGGGGAGGCGUUAAGGGCCAUGAAGGAAAAUGGAAGAUAUGGACGCCGCAAACAAUAUCCAAUCUCUCUAGUUUUAGCACCAACAAGAGAAUUGGCAGUGCAAAUCUACGAAGAAGCCAGAAAGUUUGCCUACCGAUCAAGAGUCCGCCCUUGUGUGGUUUAUGGUGGUGCUGAUAUUGGUCAGCAAAUUCGAGAUCUGGAACGUGGAUGCCACUUGCUGGUGGCGACUCCGGGGCGUCUGGUAGAUAUGAUGGAAAGGGGAAAGAUUGGCCUAGACUUUUGCAAGUACUUAGUUUUGGAUGAAGCCGAUCGUAUGCUCGAUAUGGGGUUUGAACCUCAGAUUCGUCGCAUAGUCGAACAAGAUACUAUGCCUCAGAAGGGAAUUCGUCACACCAUGAUGUUCAGUGCUACUUUUCCUAAGGAAAUACAGAUGCUUGCUCGUGACUUCCUGGAUGAGUAUAUCUUUCUCGCUGUAGGCAGAGUUGGUUCUACAUCUGAGAACAUCACACAGAAAGUAGUGUGGGUGGAAGAAUCAGACAAACGGUCAUUCCUGCUUGACCUCCUAAAUGCCACAGGUAAAGAAAGUUACGACGAAUUUCAACACCGCUCUGGUGCCUCAGGCAAGGAUUCAUUGACCUUGGUGUUUGUGGAGACAAAAAAGGGAGCCGACUCUCUGGAGGACUUCCUUUACCAUGAGGGGUAUGCUUGUACCAGUAUCCAUGGAGACCGGUCUCAGAGGGACCGAGAAGAAGCACUUCAUCAGUUUCGCUCAGGAAAAAGCCCGAUCUUAGUGGCUACAGCAGUGGCAGCAAGAGGCCUAGACAUUUCAAAUGUGAAGCAUGUCAUCAACUUUGACCUGCCAAGUGAUAUUGAGGAGUAUGUUCAUCGCAUUGGCCGAACAGGACGUGUUGGGAACCUCGGUCUUGCCACAUCAUUCUUCAAUGAGAGGAACAUAAACAUUACCAAGGAUUUGCUGGAUCUUCUAGUUGAAGCUAAACAGGAAGUACCAUCUUGGUUAGAAAACAUGGCGUAUGAGCAUCAUUACAAGGGUAGCAGCCGUGGACGUUCUAAGAGCAGUAGAUUCAGCGGAGGAUUCGGUGCCAGAGACUACCGACAAAGUAGUGGCGCCAGCAGCUCCAGCUUCAGCAGUAGCCGACCAAGCAGCAGCCGAAGUGGUGGUGGAGGUGGUGGUGGUCACGGCGGUAGCCGAGGAUUCGGUGGAGGUGGCUACGGAGGCUUCUACAACAGCGACGGCUAUGGCGGAAACUAUAACUCCCAAGGGGUUGACUGGUGGGGUAACUGAAGCUGCUUGCAGCAGAUCUCACCCUACCCAACAAGCUAAUAUGGAAACCACAUGUAACUUAGCCAGACUAUACCUUGUGUAGCUUCAAGAACUCGCAGUACAUUACCAGCUGUGAUUCUCCACUGAAAUUUUUUUUUUAAAGGGAGCUCAAGGUCACAAGAAGAAAAGAAAGGAAACAAUCAGCCCUAUUCAGAAGGUGGUUUGAAAACUUCAUUGCUGUAGUUUGGAUUAACUCCCCUCCCACCCCACCCCAAACUGCAUUUAUAAUUUUGUGACUGAGGAUCAUUUGUUUGUUAAUGUACUGUGCCUUUAACUUUAGACAACUUUUAUUUUGAUGUCCUGUUGGCUCAGUAAUGCUCAAGAUAUCAAUUGUUUCGGAAAAAAAAAUAAAUUUACUGAACUUGGGCUAAAAAUCAAACCUUGGCACACAGGUGUGAUACAACUUAAACAGGAAUCAUCGAUUCAUCCAUAAUAUUUCAAGGAAAAAAAAACUUAUGCGGUAGCCUGCAUUAGGGCUUUUGAUACUUGCAGAUUUGGAAAAAAAAAAAACAACCAAACAAACAUCUUGAAGCAUAUCAGUGGAAUUAGUUUCUAAUGUGGCAAACUGUACUAAGUUAAAGUUCUGAUUUGCUCACUCUAUCCUGGAUAGGUACUUAGAACCUGAUAGUCUUUAAUAAGCCAUUCCAGUCAUGAUGAGGUGAUGUAUGGAUACAUGCAUACAUUCGAAGCACUGUUUUCAAAGUUAAUGCAAGUAAAUACAGCAAUUCCUCUUUCAAUGUUUAGGCAGAUCAUUAACUAAUGUGAGCUAGCCAAACGUGGGCAGAAUAUUACAGGGAAAGUUUAAAGGUCUGAUAACUUGAAAUAGUUUUUAGGAGAAUUCAUCCUCUAUUUAGACUUUUUAAAUGCCUGCCAUAUGAAAUUGAAAUGGUAGAAUGGCUGACCACAGCAGUGACCGGUCCUCUUCGUGGACCUGGCUGAUAUUGGUCUAAUAACGCAUGCUAGUGUUGAUGUUUUUUGGUCAAGAGGGUAUGAACAGGAAGAAUUAUGCAGCAGGCUUUAUUUUAAUGCAGAUUCACAUUACUCUGUUCAAGCUGCGUUGAGAUGUUAAACUGGCUUACUGUAGACUUUGUAAAAUGGCUCCAGAAGAGUAACAAACGGAAAUUUUGAGAUCACAGAGGUUGGAAAUAUGUACAUAACUGCACAAGGUGUCAAUUCUGCUAUUCAGUGCAGUUUUAGUCAGUUUUAGUUGCAUAGGUUUCCAUUGUAUUUAUAGUCUGUUUAUGCUAAAUCUGGCCAAAGAUGAGUAUUUGUCCACCACUAAAAUGCCUCUGCCACUUGGGAUUUCCAUGUGCUAACUCUGUGGCCAGAGCGCCGUGAUCAAAACUCUCAAUCUUUUUACAGUGGCAUAGGAAGACGGCAAAAAUCUCCUAAAGUGCAAUAGAUUUUUUCAAGUGUAUUGUGCCUUGUUCUAAAACUUUUAUUAAGUAGGUGCACUUGACAGUAUUGAGGUCAUUUGUUAUGGUGCUAUUUCAAUUAGUCUAGGUUUAGGCCCUUGUACAUUUUGCCCAUAACUUUUUACAAAAUACUUCUUUUAUUGCACAUUCAGAGAAUUUUAUAUAUAUGUCUUGUGUGCGUGUCCUUAAACUUCCAAUCUUAUUUUGUCUCUUGGAGAUUGUUGAACGCAGCUUGUCUAAGAAAGGGAAGAGACUAGAUUCUAAAAUUUAUUUGGGACCACGGGAAUGAUAGUUGGGAAGAAAACUAUUUGCACACGACAGAUUUCUAGAUACUUUUUGCUGCUAGUUUUGUGUAAUAUUUAUUGAACAUUUUGACAAAUAUUUAUUUUUGUAAGCCUAAAAGUGAUUCUUUGAAAGUUUAAAGAAACUUGACCAAAAGACAGUACAAAAACACUGGCACUUGAAUGUUGAAUGUCACCGUAUGCGUGAAAUUAUAUAUUUCGGGGUAGUGUGAGCUUUUAAUGUUUAAGUCAUAUUAAACUCUUAAGUCAAAUUAAGCAGACCCGGCAUUGGCAGUGUAGCCAUAACUUUCUGAUGUUAGUAAAAUUAAUUGGCAACUUAAAAAAUUAAAACAUGCCAAGGUUUUGAUACACUUGUCUUAAGAUAUUAAUGAAACACUUCUAAAACACUGAUGUGAAGUGUCCAGAUUCUCAGAUGUUUGUUGCGUGAGUUUUGUUUAGUUGUGUGUUUUAUUUUAUUUUAUUUUUAUUUUUUUUUUCAGUGAAUGUCUGGCACAUUGCAAUCCUCAAACAUGUGGUUAUCUUUGUUGUAUUGGCAUAAUCAGUGACUUGUACAUUCAGCGAUAGCAUUUUAGCAAGUUUUAUCAGCCAGCAAUAUUUUCAGUUCACUAAGGAUUCAAAAAUCAUAUGCAAGAAUGGACCUAAACUUGCUGAAUGUAAAGAUUGAACUUCAAGUCACUGUAGGUUUAGUAAUUGCUUAUUGUAUUAGUUUAGAUGCUAGCACUGCAUGUGCUGUGCAUAUUCUGGUUUUAUUAAAAUAAAAAGUUGAACUGCA